AGAGUUCGGCUAGGUAGUCAACACACACAAACGUACACAAACACAAUUCAUACACAGACACACUUGGUUAGAAAUAAAAAAAUAUAAAACACAAAAAAAAUAUCAAAAAAAUAUACGAUUUUGUGCAAAUAGUGGUGCUAAACAAAAGACAAAAACAAGAACAAGGAACUAGAGUUCGCCAACUCGCGUGUGUGCGUUGAUCGUGUGAGCUGCCGGCGUACAGUACUCACUCCACCAAACGGACCCAUUCUUUGUCUCCGAUCUCCAAGAGAACCCGAGCGUCAAAAUUUAGUGGUUCAAAGUUUCCAACAUUCACACACAGGACACAGCACACAGGACACUGGACACAGGACACUGGACACAGGACACUGGACACAGGACACUAGCGGGUCGGGGCGAGAGAACUGCGGAAAGUCGGAGGCACGAGAGCUCAAGACCCAGCCGGAAUCGGAAUCGUAAUCGGAAGCGGAACUGCGAGUCCCCAGGAAGCGAAGCACCCAGUCACUCCAGGACCCCAUCCGGUUUCCCAUCCAGCCUUGCCAGUUUUGUAUUCAGAAUGGUCAUCAACCUGAAUCCGACGACCUCCACGAACGCCAAUGGCACCGUCAACGGAAGCGGAAGCGGAAGUGGAAGCGUCGCCGGAAACGGCAGUGGCGACGGCGUCAUUGGUAACCUCCAUGUCGCCGGCUCCGCCAGCGGCGACAACGUGACAAACGCCAAUGGAGCCGGAAGCGGAAGCGGAAGCGGGAACGGAAACGGUAGCCUCGUUGCCGGCGGAAACGGGUUUGGAAUCGUGGAUAAUCAGAACGGAAACGGAUUCGAAAUCACUGCAAGCCUGCACGGGAGCGGAAGCGGCGGUGUCAUCGCUGGUGACGGCGAGAGUCCCGACGGCUUUGGCAUCGGCAUUGGAAUGGACCUCGGCAUAGAUAUCGGCAAUCUGGCGGGGAACGGAAGUGGACAGGGGUUCGGAGGCGGAUUCGGAACCGGAGCCGUAAUGGGAGGCGGCAUCGGGAUCGGCAUGGGCAUGGGAAUGGGCAUCGGAAAUGGAAACUUGAAUGGAAACGGAGGCGCCACCGGAAUCGGCCACGGAAACGGGAACGGAAACGGAGACGGAGGCAGCUCCAGCAACCUGAUGGGCAUCAUCAGCCACGCGGUGUUCGACGGGAUCGUCUAUCUGCACGUGGUCUGCGCCGGGGAGUCGAGCGCCAAGUGGAUCACUCUGGACGAGGCCAUGGCCUACUGUCCCUCCGGCGUGGUUGCCUACACGAAGCUGCAGCUGGCCCAGAUCUACGGUGUGCCGAUGGACGCGCUCUUCUAGGCAGCGCCUCCGCCACCACACCGCCAGCGCCCAGGGGAGCGGCUUGGCGGGACACUCAAAAUUGUACUCCUUGGACGAUGGCUUUCAUUUGUUUGACUUUGCGGCAGUCGCAGUCGCAGCCGAUCGAACCGCACCACUCGGCGUCACGUCAUUCGCGCACACCGCCGACCUGAUCCGCAGCUUCUCCCGCAUCACUCCACUCACCCAAAACCCAAACCCAAAACCCACAGCCCAAAACCCAAAUUUCAAGUUAGUAUGUUUUCAAUUGAGUCGAAACCAAGGAAAAGCGCAAAAAAAAAGAGACGACCUAUCAUCGAAAAGCCAUUGAGAAAAAAAUAUUGACGUUUGCUGCGAUCGCGACCGGUUGAAGUUUCUUGUCUGGAGGAUUUCAAUUUUGGAGCACGACCCGCCGGCGGAUCACUCCGUGUGGCGGGGUGCACUCCUCUACCAUGUAUCGAUAGCUCUCAAUAUUCAACAUAAAUCCGAAAUGAAGUUUGUCAAA